UGUGUCUAGGGAAGGGACAGCAUGUGGCCUGCCAGUUCCCAGUGGUGAGAUAACAGUAGAUAUUAUACAGAUAUGUAUCUAGUAAUAUUGUUGGUCGGCCUGACCUUGGCAGCAGACGACGAGCAGCAAUACUGCGGGGGGCGCUACGCACACCUGUGUCUAGGGAAGGGACAGCAUGUGGCCUGCCAGUUCCCAGUGGCCGGUUCGGGGCCUAACUGUCAAAACUACUCGAAGAUUCGUUUCACCGCUGAACUUAGAAAUGUUAUCACUAAUUUCAUAAACAAACGACGGCAGAGGAUAGCGGCGGGCCAUGAGAGAGUUCGAGGAGGCAAACACAUUCCGACGCCGCAGGUUAUGAUGUUUGUUGAAUGGGACGCCGAGUUGGCGAGACUUGCUCAGAGAUUGGCUGACCAAUGCUACUUUGUUCAUGACGAGUGCAGAGCGACAGUUCGGUACCCCUACGCCGGUCAAUCCGUAGGCGAAGUGCGAUGGCGACAUCUCAGCGACAACUACGAACUGAGCGCUCAGCGCGCCAUUCGACGCGUGUUCGACGCCUGGUGGGGCGAGCGGCGGCGGGUGGAACCGCAUCAACUAGUGAAGCCUUUCAGAAUUAGCAGCAAAGGCCUAACCUGGGGCCACUUCAGCCAGCUCGCAAUAUGGUCGCUCCGCGCGGUCGGUUGCGGCGCCGUCCGCCACGGCGAGGACUACCCCCGCCUGCUGCUAGUCUGUGACUUCUCUCACACGAACAUGCUUGGGGAGAAGACCAUUCAUUCGGGGGAAAUGGGGCCGUGCCCGGAGCAUACCAGGAGGAAAACGAGGUCUAACUACCCCCUGCUGUGUGCUCCGGUGAAAGAACAAAUCAAGAACUCGCGAGUGGUCGAUGAGGAGGUGCCGGACGAGUCCGAUUAUGACGACGAGGAAGGCAACUCCGAAGUUUUGAAGGAGAAUUUGAAGAAACUCGGCGCGGUGGUCACUGCGAAGCCGAAACGGUACAGGGAAGACGAAUGGGAAAACAGAUUAGAAUCGACCGAAAAAACGGAUGUCGGAUACACAGACAUCGAAGAAACAUCUACAGCCAAGAGGUGGACCACGGGAGCAUAUCUGGAUGAACACGAAAUCAUGAACGAUGAUGAUGCUGAUUAUACUACUUUACAAGCAACUAAAGUGCCACACAAGAAGCAGAGAGGUAAAAUGAAACCGAUUGUCAUAACUACCCCAGCAACUGGGAGGAAAGUUAUUACAGACGACGAAGAAAGGAGUCUCGCCGAGAAGAGUGAAAAAGUUAACCGUUUCUCCGGAUUUAAGAUUGACGAUGUCCGUGAGAGAUUACCAGAGGAAAUAGAUGUCGAAAGCAGCGACGAACAAGACAACGAUGUGCCUGAAACGCUAAUCUUGGCACAUACUACCUCCCCAUACAUCAUGGACCCCAAGCUCCGGAGUCCGAAACGGGAACGAUUUAAUAAUCGAAUCGGCUUCACUACUACGACUGCAAAGAUAUCAUUUAAAAUGGACGACGAUGAUGUGGAGCAGCUUCAAGCCGACACAGGAUUCCAACCUUCAUGGAAGACGAGCGACACGAAAUCGCCGCGAAAAGAAAACAGGGCUCCGUCUGAUUAA